AUGACAGAGAAAAGCGUGCCAGACAGCGAAUACGACAUCCUAAUCGCAGGAGGCCGACUCGCUUCCCACCCCUUUCUGAGGAUACUGAUCCUCGAGGCUGGUCCAUCCACUCGAGAUGAGCCCAAGCAUAUUCAGCCAGGAAGAUACAUCCACAAUCUAGCAGCUAAUUCCGAUGUGAUCAAAUACUAUGCUGGACAGCCUUCUGAGGCUCUAGCAGGACGAACGCCUCUUGUGCCCACGGGACAUUGUCUCGGAGGCGGAUCGAGCGUUAAUCUCAUGAUGUACACUCGAGCGAGUGCCUCUGACUAUGAUGAAUGGGAAACAGUCCAUCAGAAUCCAGGAUGGGGGUCCAAAGACCUCACUCCACUUCUACGGAAGGUCGAAACGUAUCAAGCAGAUCCUAACGCCGCGACCCAUGGCUCCUCGGGGCCUAUCAAAGUCUCUUCCGCUGGCGUAUACUCCAAUGUGGCGCAACAAUUCCUGGACGUUGCGCGAGAGUGGGACUCCGAUCCUGAGCGUGUUGUGGAAGAAGAUUCUGACUCAAACGAUCUUAGUCGGGUGAACGUGUAUUGCAAAUGGCAGAAGUGGAUUGAUGGCCAGUCAGGCAGACGUUCGGACGUCCCACACCACUUCAUUUACAACCAAUCCAACAACCAGAACCUUCACGUCGUGACAGGAGUACACGUCAAACGUAUCCUGUUCGACUCGAAUGGGAGAGCCAGCGCUGUCGAGUUCCAAUGGAAUCCCGCGGUACGCCCCAACGCAGACCCGUCGUUCACCCAGGUCGUCUACGCCACCAAGCAAAUCAUCCUCUCAGCAGGCGCUUUUGGCUCUCCGACCAUCCUGGAGAGGUCAGGUAUCGGCGCACGCAGCAUCCUCGAGAAAAAUGGCGUCACACCUGCGUUUGGCCCAGAAUAUGAGCUCCCUGGGGUAGGGCAGAAUUAUCAAGAUCAUCACUUUUUAUUCUUCCCAUACAAGGCCGCGCCAGAAGCAGAGACGUUGGACGCAAUCGUACGAGGAGAUGAGAAAGCACUCGUAGAGGCCUCCAAGCAAUGGCUCGAGACCGGACAAGGUCCACUCGCAUCGAAUGGCAUAGACGCGGGCAUCAAGUUCCGACCUUCUCGACGCGAAGUGGAGGAGAUUGGACCUGAUUUCAAGUUGCGAUGGGACCAACAUUUCGCGAAUGCGCCCGACAGGCCUGCAUUUAUCUUGGCACCGGAUUCUUUGUUCCUCGGCGAUCCAGCUCUUGUGCAGCCGGGAAAAUACUACUGCAUGGAAUUCUUCACGACCUACCCCAUGUCUAUAGGACACGUUCAUAUCACAUCCCCAGACGACCCGACAGCCCCAAUCAACUUCCGACCCGGCUUCCUAGAGGAUAAGGCAGACGUACAGCUCUUGGUAUGGGCCUACAAGUUCUCUAGAGAAUUAGCCCGCAGAAUGCCCAUCUUUCGAGGAGAAAUCGAGGGAAUGCAUCCCAACUUUGCGGAAGAGAGCGAAGCGCGCGUCGUCGCGGAUGCGGAAACUGCGUUUGGGAUGGAUGAGCCGAGAGUGAAGUAUACAGAGGAAGAUGACGCUGUUGUCGAAGAGUUUGUCAGACGAAAUGCUGCUACAACUUGGCAUUCACUCGGUACCUGCGCUAUGAAACCGCGCGAACAUAACGGCGUCGUAGACAGUAGACUGAAUGUCUAUGGUACAAAAGGUUUCAAGGUCGCCGACAUGUCAAUCUGCCCGAGCAACGUCGGUUCGAACACUUACUCCACCGCGCUGGUCAUCGCGGAGAAGGCUGCCCUCCUCAUCGCGGAAGAAUUGGGGCUUAAUAUAUAGUCGUGGCUUUAUUUCUGUACCAUCCAAAUGUAGUGGGACUGAGAGCCCUUUCGUUCUGUUGGAGAAUUGUGCCGCAGUCUCACUUGUGCUGGCAUUGACCUCAAAGUACGAGCGAUACGCGCUCGUCCCUCCUACCACUCCUAGCG